AUGAAGCUGGAAGCUGUGGUGGAGCAGCUGCAGAAGCAGCAGCAGAAGCAGCAGCCAGGCCUGCAGAUGGAUUCGAGGGAGAGGCAGCAGAGGCAGCUGCGGGAGGCCCAGCUGCUGUACACGCAAGCCACACCUGCAGCUGGAGCUGCUCAGCCUUUUGAUCAGAGCAGCAUGAAUUCAGAGCCAGAAGAGGAGGAGGAGGAGGAAGAGGAGGAGGAUGAUGAAGAGGAGGAGGAGGAAGAAGGCGGCGAGCUGGAGGAUGGCGGCCCUGACGUGACUGCAAAGGAAAGCUGCUCUGCUCGGAAAUAUUUCCAUGCUCCCAAAGUUGUCCAGCACAACCAAAGAGUGGCGUCUACCUCCAGUCCUCUCCCAGCUCCAGGGCACCCCCGGGGAACACAGCAGGGCAAGGAAGAACAGGGUAAAGACACUACUAAGCAGCUGUAUUCAGGCUCCCCCUCGGGACGUCCCAACUGGCGCUUGGAGGAGCAGCUCAAACAGAAUGGCACCGUGAACUGGAGCGAUGAAGGGGAUGGAUGCAGAGGAAGAGAAAUCUCAAGAGACUUUGCCAAGCUCUAUGAACUGGACAGUGAUCCCGAGCGGAAAGAGUUCCUGGAUGACCUCUUCGUCUUCAUGCAGAAGAGAGGAACUCCCAUCAAUAGGAUCCCCAUCAUGGCAAAGCAGAUCCUGGAUCUCUACAUGCUCUACAAGCUGGUGACUGAGAAGGGAGGGCUGGUGGAAAUCAUCAACAAGAAGAUCUGGAGAGAGAUCACCAAAGGCCUUAACCUGCCCACCUCCAUCACCAGUGCUGCAUUCACCCUACGGACACAGUACAUGAAGUACCUCUAUGCCUAUGAGUGUGAGAAGAAGUCUCUGAGCUCCCCGGCAGAGCUUCAGGCAGCCAUCGACGGCAACCGGCGGGAGGGCAGGCGGCCCAGCUACAGCUCCUCCUUGUUCAGCUACUCACCCACCACCACGGGGCCUCCUUCCCUCCUGUCUCCCCCCAAAAUCCGCUUCCCCAUCAUCGGUGUGGCGCCAGGCAGUGGGACCAGCAACCCUCGGGUGUCUCCGGCAGCAGCGGUCAGAAAAGGUGACGGAGUGCCCUUGACUGUGUCUAUGCCAAAUCGUAUUGCUGUGCCAGUGACCUUGGCUAGCCAGCAGGCAAGUGUGGCAGCAAGAACAGCCACCCUGGAGCAGCUGAGAGAGAGGCUGGAGGCAGGAGAGCCCCCGGAGAAGAAGGUGUCACGGAUGACGGAGGAGGAGCAGCGGCUGGUCCAGCAGGCCCUGCAGCGCAACCUGCUCAGCAUGGCACGGCAGGUCCCCAUGAAGGUCAAGAUCAACGGCAAGGAAGACAAGUCAGACUCGGCAGCAGCAGCAGCACUGAACGUGUCACCCAACGGCAUUGGGAGCAUUAACAUGUCGGUGGAGAUCAAUGGCACCACUUAUGCUGGAGUGCUGUUUGCCCAGAAGCCUGUGGUGCACCUCCUCGCCGGCUCCAGCACCCAAAGCUCCUGCAGCAGCAGCAGCAGCUCCCACUGCUCCCCCAGCCCUACCUCAUCCCGGGGAACGCCCAGCGCCGAGCCCUCCACCAGUUGGGCUCUCUGAUGGUCGGCCCAGCCCUGUCUCACACUGGCCUCCAGCAGCUC